CCCUCUCCCCCACCUCUCCCUCUCCUCCUCAUCCCCUCCUCAUAGGGGUUAAGGCCUCCCUUGGGUAGUCAACACAGGCUGGCAAACCAAGUUAGGGCCAGACCUAGCUGCUCUCUCUUGCAUUAAGGCUGAGUAAGGCAUCGCACCAUAGGGAAUGGGCUCUAGAAAGCUAAUUUGUGUACCCUGGAUAAGUCCUGAUCCCAUUGCCAGAGGACCCACAAACACAUCAAGCCAUGAUGGUUAAUAUCUCUCUUAAUAUCUUAAUAUCAGAGUAGUAAACUCUGUCUGCAUUGUCUUCCCAUUGAUUUCCCUUGUCGUCUGUCUUCAUGUCAACACUCAAUGGUUUGCAUUGCUACAAUUUUAACGUGUUUUGAAAUCACCUCUGGAUUGGAUCCUGUCUCAUUUUUGAACUCUUUGUGGUUUCUCAAAAUUUUAUACAUUUUAGGGAAAUUUUCUCUAUUUAUAUAAAAACAGUGCCUGUACAAUCUUGGUACAAAUUAUGUAGAAUCUUUUCAGAACACAAACAUCUUUUUAUAUUAUUUCACAUGUUUGAAUGAUAACAUGCCAGUAGUGAUUCAGUGUUCAAUAUGUCUGAAAUAACUGCUGCCCAUUGAAAACAAAUUUUCUUUGACCCAGGCUGAAAGCAGCACCAGGCUAUGGCUUUGUAAAGGCAGUUUAAGUAUUUGUACAUGUGGCAAAAUGUGAAUACUGAUUUCCCUCCUAAGGCCUAUGACAUUCCCCAUAGUUGGCUUUCAGCCAAGUUCCUAUCAAUGUAUUUCCUUCUGCAGAGCCGACCUCAGUUUGAACCAGAAACCUUCUCUUACCCACAAAAUAGUCUUUCCACUAUGACAACAAUAGCCAUGCCUUGCCUGGCAGAUUGGGAUUGUAUUAUACAGGAUUCAAAUCUGGUCAAGAAGAGUUCCAGUCUUUGUUCCUAAGACAGAAACUCAGAGAAGAGCAACAGGGAAAAUGGAUGCUUCUCCAAUAAAUAUUCCCCAGGGUCUGUUGACAUUCAGGAAUGUGGCUGUGGUCUUCUCCCAGGAGGAGUGGGAAUGUCUAGAUUCUUCUCAAAGGGCUCUGUACACUGACGUAAUGUGGGAGAAUUACAGCAAUCUAGUUUUUGUAGAGAACCAUUGCAUAUGUAAAUAUGAGAAGGUCUUGGAUCAAGGCUCAAAGCAUAUUGUCCACCAGCAUGUGUAUGUCCAAGAGAAGUCUCACAAAUGGUCUGACAAAAUGAUUCAUGAAUCCUCCCAAUGUAUUCCUUAUAAAACAAGUGAUACUACAGAAAACUGCCAGAAUUUCAGAAGUAGUAACUACAGGUAUAACUCUGUUGAGUCAUCAGACCUAAAGAGACAUGAAAGUGGGAACACUGUAGAAGAACAAAACAAAUAUAAAGAUUAUGAGGAGUCUUUAAAUUUGUGUUCCACCAUUAGCCAGUAUCAAAGAAUCCACACUGGAAAGAAAGAACACAAAAAUACAGAAUAUGAUGAAAUUCUGGACUUUAAACAUGAAUUCACAUUGAAACAAAUCCAUAAUGGAAAGAAACCAUACCAAUGCAGGAAAUGUGGAAAAUGCUUCAGGACCUAUUUAAUCCUCAGUAGACAUCAGAGAAUUCAUCCUGGAGAGAAACUCUAUAAAUUUAUAGAAUGUAAUAAGUCCUUUCUGCAUUUGUCACACCAGAAAGUGCAUGACAACAUCCAUUAUGGAAAAAAAACCUAUAAAUGUACAGAAUGUGGCAAGUGCUUUUAUCAUUCAUCAGGAUUUAAAAGACGUUACAGAAUCCACACUGGAGAGGAGACUUACAAAUGUAAAAAUUGUAGAAAAUCCUUUAUCUGUUGCUCAGGUCUUAGAAAACAUGAGAAAAUUCAUGGAAGAGGGAGGCCUUAUAAAUGUAAACAGUGUAGUAAGGCGUUCUAUAAAUUGUCACACCUUGAAUACCAUUACAGAACCCACAGUGGAGAGAAACUUUACAAAUGUAAUGAAUGUGGCAAAUUCCUUUCUAACUCUUCAGGUCUUAGAAAACACCAGAGAAUUCAUACAGGAGAGAAAAUUUACAAAUGUAGUGAAUGUGGGAAAUCCUUUACCUUUCGAACAUCUCUUAGACUACAUCAAAGGAUUCAUACUGGAGAGAAACCUUACAAAUGUACUGAAUGUGACAAAUCCUUUAUCCAGAAAGUCAACCUUAGAACACAUCAGGCAAUUCAUACAGGAGAGAAACCUUACAAAUGUACUGAAUGUGAGAAAUCUUUUACUGUUGGCUCAGGUCUUAGAAGACAUCAGACAAUUCAUACUGGAGAGAAACCUUACAAAUGUAGCGAAUGUGGGAAAUUCUUUACCAUUGUCUCAGAUCUUAGAAAUCAUCAAAAAAUUCAUACUGGAGAGAAACCUCACAAAUGCAGUGAAUGUGACAAAUGCUUUAUCUGGAAAGCUGAUCUUAGAACUCAUCAGAAAACCCACACAGGAGAGAAACCUUACAAAUGUAGUGAAUGUGCAAAAUCCUUUUCUACUUGCUCAGGUCUUAGAAGACAUCAGAAAAUUCAUACUGGAGAGAAACCUUACAAAUGCAGUGAAUGUGAGAAAUAUUUUGUCCAGAAAGCCAACCUUAGAAGACACCAGAGAAUUCAUACAGGGGAGAAACCUUAUAAAUGUAGUGAAUGUGGGAAAUCCUUUAACACUGGGUCAUAUCUUAGAACACAUCAGAAAAUUCAUACAGGAGAGAAACCUUACAAAUGUAGUGAAUGUGACAAAUAUUUUAUCCAGAAAGCCAAGCUUAGAAUACAUCAGAAAAUUCAUACAGGAGAGAAACCUUACAACUGUAGUGAAUGUGACAAAUGCUUUAUCCAGAAAGGCAAUCUUAUAACCCAUCAGAGAAUUCAUACAGGAGAGAAACCUUACAAAUGUAGUGGAUGUGAGAAAUCCUUUUCCAUUGGCUCAGUUCUUAGAAAACAUGAGAAAAUUCAUACUGGAAGAAACCUUACCAGUGCACUGAAUGUGACUAAUCCCUUAUCCAGGAAGCCAGGCUUAGAACUCAUCAAAGAAUUCAUACAGGAGAGAACCUUAUAAAAGCAGUGGAUAAAGCAAAGUCUUUGCCAACCUCUCAGGUCUAAGAAAACAUAAGAAAAUUCAAACUGGAGACCAAAGUUUCCAUAUUAAAUAAUGUAUAAAGCCUAGGCUUUUUAUCCAAGCUCUGUCAUUAUGGGCCACUGCAAGCUCCACCCUAGAGGAUGAUGAACAUGAGAAACUUGUGAAAGCCUUUAAGUAAUGCUCAAAUCUUAGAAAUAAUUAAGACCUUAUACUGAGGAAAAAUUCUGGAACUGUGACAUUGUAGGAAGAUUUUUGUUAAAAUAUUUUACUUUUUCAACCGCAAAUACUUCAUAAUGAAGACAAAAUGGAGAAGUCUAAAAAUGUGCUGUUGAGUAGCAGUUUUCUGGAGACUGAAGCAUUCCAUCUUGUGAGGAAGCUGAUUAGGACAAGAAAUAAACCAUUUAAAAAAAGCUUCAAGAGGUUCCUGAAACUGACAGGAUUCACUAUGCUUAAUCCCAUGGAAGAAGUUUAUACCAUUCUUACUGCUUAGAAGAGGCUUUGAUAAAUUAAACCAGUAAGAUACAGUCCUCUUUAACAUGUAGGUAUACCUUCAGGUGUGUAGUAUGCUGUGAGUAUCCAGUGUGCAAAAGCUGUAUUUCAUGCUGAAUUGGAGUUUCAUGAUGACGACUGUCUUUAUGUAACUUUUGCUUUUAUAAACAGCUCCAGUUCCAUAUUUAUGCAAGUAACCCCAAUAAAGCCCAUUGGUUCAACAACAUGUA